AUGGCCACCCUGCUCCGCAGCAAGCUGUCCAAUGUGGCCACGUCCGUGUCCAACAAGUCCCAGGCCAAGGUGAGCGGCAUGUUUGCCAGGAUGGGUUUUCAGGCGGCCACGGACGAGGAGGCGGUGGGCUUCGCGCACUGCGACGACCUCGACUUUGAGCACCGUCAAGGCCUGCAGAUGGACAUCCUGAAAGCCGAGGGCGAGCCCUGUGGGGAUGAGGGCGCCGAACCGCCCGUCGAGGGAGACAUCCAUUACCAGCGCGGCGGCGGCGCUCCGCUGCCGCCCUCGGGCUCCAAGGACCAGGCCGUGGGGGCAGGUGGCGAGUUUGGGGGCCACGACAAGCCCAAGAUCACGGCGUGGGAGGCAGGCUGGAACGUGACCAACGCCAUUCAGGGCAUGUUCGUGCUGGGCUUACCCUACGCCAUCCUACACGGUGGCUCUGGGUUGUUUCUCAUCAUCUUCGCCGCGGUGGUGUGCUGCUACACUGGCAAGAUCCUUAUCGCGUGCCUGUACGAGGAGAACGAGGACGGCGAAGUGGUGAGGGUGCGGGACUCAUACGUGGCCAUAGCCAAUGCGUGCUGCGCGCCACGCUUUCCCACGCUGGGCGGCCGCGUAGUCAACGUGGCGCAGAUCAUCGAGCUGGUGAUGACUUGCAUCCUGUAUGUGGUGGUGAGCGGCAACCUCAUGUACAACAGCUUUCCGGGGCUGCCCGUGUCGCAGAAGUCCUGGUCCAUCAUCGCCACAGCGGUGCUGCUGCCCUGCGCUUUCCUGAAGAACCUCAAGGCGGUGUCCAAGUUCAGUCUGCUGUGCACGUUGGCUCACUUCGUCAUCAAUAUCCUGGUCAUAGCUUACUGUCUAUCACGGGCGCGUGAUUGGGCUUGGGAGAAGGUCAAGUUCUAUAUCGAUGUCAAGAAGUUCCCCAUCUCCAUUGGCAUCAUCGUGUUCAGCUAUACGUCGCAGAUCUUCCUGCCUUCCCUGGAGGGCAACAUGCAGCAGCCUAGCGAGUUCCACUGCAUGAUGAACUGGACGCACAUCGCCGCCUGCGUGCUCAAGGGCCUCUUCGCUCUGGUCGCCUAUCUCACCUGGGCCGACGAGACCAAGGAGGUCAUUACGGAUAACCUGCCCGGCUCCAUCCGCGCUGUGGUCAACAUCUUUCUGGUGGCUAAGGCGCUGUUAUCCUAUCCGCUGCCCUUCUUCGCUGCUGUUGAGGUGCUGGAGAAGUCGCUCUUCCAGGAAGGCAGCCGUGCCUUCUUCCCCGCCUGCUAUGGUGGCGACGGGCGCCUCAAGUCGUGGGGGCUGACGCUGCGCUGCGCGCUGGUGGUCUUCACGCUGCUCAUGGCCAUCUACGUGCCGCACUUCGCGCUGCUCAUGGGCCUCACUGGUAGCCUCACCGGCGCCGGCCUCUGCUUCCUCCUGCCGAGCCUCUUUCACCUGCGCCUGCUCUGGCGCAAGCUGCUGUGGCACCAAGUCUUCUUCGACGUCGCCAUCUUCGUCAUUGGCGGCAUCUGCAGCGUGUCCGGCUUCGUGCAUUCCCUGGAGGGCCUCAUUGAGGCCUACCGAACCAACGCGGAGGACUAG